AUGGAUACUUUAUGGAAAACCAUCGUUAGAAAAUAUCCGAAAUUGCGUUUGGACGAUAGAUUCAUGUCAGGAUGUUUGUUGGGGCUUAUUCAGGAAGAUAUGAGCAAGUUUGGUUGUGUUUCGGAUGAACUAGCUAUUCAAGUACGGGCCAUUGCUAUGGUCUGCGUCCAGUCACUGUGUAAAGCAGAUAAAACACUUUGGCCACCUUCAAGCCUUCAUUUGGCUGCAUAUUAUAAUUCUGUUGAGAUUCUUGAAAUUCUACUCAAAGUAUUCGAUUAUGAAGAAGCCAUGAGUUUUGAUGGAUCGACACCCGCACAGUUUGCCGCAAUGAAAGGACAUCUGCGAGCAUUGGCUGUACUUUAUCGCAAUGCUGAUAUUAGUAUUUAUUCCUGCCUUGGAGGAUUUAAUGCAUACGAAUUUCUUAGAAGUUUUGCAAAACCCAAGGAAAGCGAGAAAUUACCCUGCUUAUCGCGAAUUUAUGCUUGUGGUGACAACAGUACUCUGUCUUUGGGUAUCAUGCACGGAAACCAUACCACACAUCCUGUUCCUGUGCAGUUUUUUAAUGAGAUUAGCUUCGGAAAGGAAGUUACGCAGGUUUCUUUUGGAAAAUAUCAUACUAUUUACUUGAUUGAUGGACAAGCAUAUUCAUGUGGUUUAGGAAGAUAUGGCAAAUUGGGGCAUGGAGACGAAAAAGAUCAGUUAAAAUUACGGGGAAUAAAAUUUUUCGAACCAAUUGUUUGUGUUUGUGCUGGAUUGACACACUCGAUCAUAUGUACACGCAAAAAGAUCAUAGUAUUCGGAUUGAGCGAUAAGGGACAGCUAGGAUUGGGCACAAAAAAGCUUGUGUUAACUCCAACAGUCGCCAAAUUUUUUAAAGAAAAUCGAGAUUACAUCAUUAGCUGUUCGACAGCUGAUUCACAUUCAGUGAUCGUCAUGAGUAGUUUCGAUUUCUAUGUUACUGGAACAGCGAAUGGUUUUUUAUGGCAAAGAUAUUCAGGCAACACAUUUAAACAUGUUAGAAAUAAUUAUGCUCACCGAACGUCAUCCAUUUCAGUCACGGAUUCAUCUAUGAUUCGUGUCUACUCUAAGCAGGACUUGUCGAAUAUAACGAUCAAAGUUGAUGGUAAAAACUAUUACAUCACUAGUACUGUACACAUUACACGAUGCAUUGGGAUUUAUUAUGCCCCAAAAUUGGGUGCUCUGUUUUCUGGUUACAAGUAUUUCUACGAAAAUCGUCGUCAAGCAGUAACAUCAGGGGUAUUUUUAUUCGAUUCAGAAUGUCAUAGUCUGCUUCGAUCAGUAUACUUCUACAACAGUUUAAUGAAAAGAAGCAUAAUCGAGGUGGCAAGUGCAGAUGUCACUCGAGAUGGACAGAUAAUAAUCGUUGACUAUAUGGGAGAUGUUUACGAAGGAAAUUUGGAAAAUUAUACUCUGUUUUCGGACCCAUAUUUCGGCAACGCUAGCGACGCUUCAUGGGUUACUGAUUAUAUGGUAAAGGUAAAGGUUAAUCGAUUGCGUGGGAUUUUGCCAGCAAAAAGUGCUUUUUUAACACCAGAUGGAAGAAACAAAGUAUUGAAUUUGUUUGAGGUCGACCCACGAUCAGUCCUUCAUGAUACAGAAAAUGUGUCGGAAGUGGAAUUUCCAAGUUGCAACGUAGCUACAGUUAUAUGUGCGAAUGAAAAAGGUGAUGAAAUGGGACGCUAUGAAACUUCUCUGGAAAUACUCAAACAUGAGAGCGAUGUCUGUUCAUCGUAUUUCGAAAGAUGGUCAGGAGAGCAAAAGCAUGAAAUCCGAAUUACGGCGAAGCCGGAGAUACUUGAGAUAUUCUUAGAUUUUUGCUGCGACCACUGUUUACGUCCAAAAUUGAGCAUGCAAGAAUUAAUGGAAUUAUUAAUAUUUGCGGAUAAGCUGAUAUGCAAAAACUUCUUCAAUGCAAUCAAGAAAGAACUAUUCAAACCACCAUUUGAAAUGUCGAAAUUGCGAGACCUUUUUGCUUUGGCUCGUUAUCUGUCAUCUAUGGAGCUGUAUGAAAGUUUGAGUGAACUUUGCGCAGCAAUAUUUCCGAUACUUUUGGAAAAUGGAUUUGUUAAUGAACUAUCGCUCGAUGAAAUUGCAUAUAUUGAGGACGCUUUUCGUUCAUAUGCUUUGGAAAAUAUAAUUCGGACUGUGGAUGAUUUUGAAUCAAGAGUUACAAGACUGGUAGUUCCAGAGCAAGCUGUAAGAAAUAUCAUUAUGGAUGUAAUGGCAGUUGUGAAAGAACCGAUGGAUAUUAAGAAACUGAUUGAUCUGUGCAAGAACAUGAAGAAUUCGAUUCCGAAGAAACGACGCAAACAAGUCAGAUCAUCAGGAAAUGCUAUCCGUAUGGAAACGGACUUUGGACGGCAGAAAGAAUCCUUUACCAAUGAGAAAAAUGAUAACUCUACCAAUGAGGAAAAUGGUAAUGCCGCUAAUGAGAAAAAUGAUGAUGGUUGCGUUCAGAUACCAGAUGCUCUCGCCAAGGUUGCAUUUAAAACCGUAAACAUUGAGGAAAAACAUCGUCCACUAUCAUAUGUUGCGAUUUUAUUCAUUUUCUCUGUGGGAUUGUUUAUUUUUCUUUUUUUUAAAAUGUCAAUUGGUAGCAUCAGUUUCAGCGAAGCCCAUUUGUCAAAAUUUCCUGAAGAAAGAACACCAGAGCGAGACUGGGAUACUUCUAAAAUGCGUCCGUUUAUUUCUCUUUCGGAUACUAUCACUAAGGAAGAGGGAAAAACUAGUGAAAUAAAGCAAGAAGAGAAGAAAGAUCCUUGCAUUUUACCAAACAGCACAUCGGAAAAUCUUUGUGAAUCUCAGCGAAGAACUUCGAAUUCCUGGCAUCUGAAUGAAUCUGUGACUUGUGAAAAUUCAUUUGCACAAAUAAUGGAAGAUGAACAAGCUCGGCAGUUAGAAACGAUUCGACAAACGUGCUCUCGUCUUUCUGAUAUAAAUAUGGAAGAGCAAGCAAUGGCUGAGUUGACAGCGCAUUACGAGGGCGAAGCUACAAUGCAAGGUGUCUCGAUCACAGUUAGCACAGAACUUGAGGUUGAAGAAGUAAAUGAUCCACUUUGGGCUGCAAGAUAA